UAUGUAAGCUAGAAUGGCAGCAUGUUGUAUGAAGUCAGUCGAACUCGGCUGAAAUUUUACGAGGUUUUUUAAAAGUUUGCAUCGAUUGAAGCCUUAAAURAUUCUUGAAGUAUAUAUGUUACAAGUUAUCAUUCUUUGUCGGGGAUAGAUGAGUGGAGAAAGGACCUUUUGUUCGGCUUGGUCGACACAAGUUAGAACGAGUUCUCUAGCAACCGCCAUCUCGGCAGCAAAGAAGCUGUUUAUUUUGAGCGUAUUUUGCUCGAUUCCUGCGAUUUUAGCUGAGAGUCACACCACUUUAUUUACAUCAUCAUCUUCUUCAUCGUAUUACGAUGCUACCUCAACGCCAUCAUUACCAGCUACAAAUUCAAACGAUGGUAAACAUGUUACGUCGUCAAGUAUAAAUUCUCCCGCCUCAAAUUCAAGCCCUUCCAGUAUGACGUCAUCAACACCCUUUAAAACUUCACUUCCGAGUAUGACGUCAUCAAUAAUGGAGAAUUCUGCACAACAUUCAAGCACUCCCGUUAUUUCAACAACAACCUCUCCAUAUGAGAGUAAUAUUUUCCCACUACCAAGUAUGACGUCGACAAUAAAGAUAAAUUCUUCACAACCAACAAGUACAGGUAAUAUUCCUACGCCAUCCACUUCAUAUUUGUAUAAUAUGACGUCAGAUGUAGUUGUUUCUCCAGAACCAACAAGCACAGCUAAUAUUCGUACGUCAUCCACUUCAUAUGUGUAUAAUAUGACGUCAGAUGUAACUGUUUCUCCAGAACCAACAAGCACGGCUUAUAUUCCUACGCCAUCCACUUUAUUCGUGUAUAAUGUGACGACAGAUGUAGCUGUUUCUCCAGAACCAACAAGCACAGCUAAUAUUCCUACGUCAUCCACUUCAUAUGUGUAUGAUAUGACGUCUGAUGUAGCUGUUUCUCGUCAACCAACAAGCACAGCUAAUAUUCCUACGUCAUCCACUUCAUAUGUUUAUAAUAUGACGUCAGAUGUAACUGUUUCUCCACAACCAGCAAGCACAGCUAAUAUUUCUACGUCACCCACUUCAUACGUAUAUAAUAUGACGUCAGAAGUUGUUUCUCUGGAAUCAACUUACAUUUUGUCUACGAGUUUUUCCAUUAAUAACUAUAGUUUCUCAUCAGUUUCUUCUCAAAAUAUGUCAACGUCCACAUCAGUAACAUCACGUCUAGCACAAACAAGCAGUGGCGAGAUUUCUCUUCAUGUUAGUUCUUAUGCUUCAGGUUCGUCAUCGUCAAUUUUGUCUCAUCCUGGACCUACAACCUCGUACAAUACAAUGACAAGCCUCUUCACAACAAGUUCAGAUGGCAAUGUCAUUACCAGUUCGUUUGACUCUAGUAUAGCGUCAUCGUCUCCUACGUCACACGUACAACCAACAAGCUCAAGUAGCAAUGUCAUUGCCAGUUCGAUUGACUCUAGCAUAGCGUCAUCGUCUUCUACGUCACUCGUACAACCUACAAGCUCAAGUAGCAAUGUCAUUACCAGUUCCCUUGACUCUAGUAUAGCGUCAUCGUCUUCUACGUCACACGUACAACCAACAAGCUCAAGUAGCAAUGUCAUUGCCAGUUCGAUUGCCUCUAGCAUAGCGUCAUCGUCUUCUACCUCACUCGUACAACCAACAAGCUCAAGUAGCAAUGUCAUUACNAGUUCGAUUGACUCUAGCAUAGCGUCAUCGUCUUCUACCUCACUCGUACAACCUACAAGCUCAAGUAGCAAUGUCAUUACUAGUUCGAUUGACUCUAGCGUAACAUCAUCGUCUUCUACCUCACUCGUACAACCUACAAGCUCAAGUAGCAAUGUUAUUACCAGUUCGUUUGACUCUAGCGUAACAUCAUCGUCUCCUACGUCACUCGUACAACCAACAAGCUUUAGUACAACUGUGAGGUCAGUUAGCACGAGUUUCUCUGCAAGUAUGAGGUCAGUUAGCACGAGUUUAAGUGAGAUGUCUUCAAAAUUUGUGUCUUUGGAAAAGUCUACAGUCAUAGCUCCGAGUUCAUUGUUUUCUGCUUUUACUGCUAUUGAAUCAAAGGUGUCAUCAAGCUCAGAUAUCGUUGUCAUUACCAGUUCGUUUGACUCUAGUAUACCGUCAUCGUCUUCUACGUCACUCGUGCAAGCAACAAGCUCAAGGAGCAAUGACAUUUCAAGUUCGAUUGACUCUAGUAUAGCGUCAUCGUCUUUUACGUCACUCGUGCAACCAACAAGCUCAAGUAGCAAUGUCAUUACCAGUUCGAUUGACUCUAGCAUAGCGUCAUCGUCUUCUACGUCACUCGUGCAACCAACAAGAUCAAGUAGCAAUGUCAUUACUAGUUCGACUGACUCUAGCAUAGCGUCAUCGUCUUCUACGUCACUCGUACAACCUACAAGCUCAAUUAGCAAUGUCAUUGCGAGUUCGAUUGACUCUAGCAUGGCGUCUUCGUCCUCUACCUCACUCGUACAACCUACAAGCUCAAGUAGCAAUGUCAUUGCCAGUUCGAUUGACUCUAGUAUAGCGUCAUCGUCUUUUACCUCACUCGUACAACCAACAAGCUCAAGUAGCAAUGUCAUUACCAGUUCGAUUGACUCUAGCAUAGCGUCAUCGUCUUUUGCAUCACUCGUGCAACCAACAAGCUCAAAUAUCAAUGUCAUUACCAGUUCGAUUGACUCUAGCAUAGUGUCAUCGUCUUCUACCUCACUCGUACAACCUACAAGCUCAAGUAGCAAUGUCAUUGCCAGUUCGAUUGACUCUAGCAUAGCGUCAUCGUCUUUUGCGUCACUCGUGCAACCAACAAGCUCAAAUAUCAAUGUCAUUACCAGUUCGAUUGACUCUAGCAUAGCGUCAUCGUCUUCUACCUCACUCGUACAACCAACAAGCUCAAGUAGAAGUGUGCGGUCAGUUAGCACGAGUUUGAGUGAAAUGUCUUCAAAACUUGUGUCUAUGGAACAGUCUAGUGUCGUAGCUCCAAGUUCAUUGCAUUCUACUCUUACCACUAUUGAAUCAAAGAUGUCCAUAAAUAUUAUAACAUCAGUUGGUYCGAAAACGUCUCAUGCUAUGUCAUCUGUCUCCUUCACUUCAUCCAUACGACCUUCUCCAACAAGUUUCUCUAUUUUUUAUCAAAGUAGUUCAAGUGCCGCAGAAUCCACUCAAUUUGCCUCACUUUUUUCCGCUUCAACAAGGUCUCUUGAACCAUCUCCCACAAGCUCAAUCUUUCCUUCGAGCUCAGUUAGUUUACCAAGUAUUAACGACACUGAAGGGAUUGUGGUCAUUAGUGUGUUUGUUCCGUUGAAAGUGAAUGUAUAUACGCAAGAGUUUAAAGACUACAUUGCUGGGAAACUGCUCGAUGCAUACAGAAUUGGACUCAGUAAACCAAGUCAAAGGAAAAGACGCGAGGUGAAGGAUGGACCCCAAACGCAGCCACCCAAUGCCAGUAACACGACCAAAGAACUCCCAAGAAAUCAGAUUAAAAACGUUAUGGAAAAUUAUCUARUUGACUUGAAAUCUCACAGAAAAAGACACAUCCAAAAAGGAACUCAGGCAGUAGCUUUAAACAAUCAGUUGGUGGCUUUUCUUGGUUUGGUCGGAAAGAAUCGCGCGCCAGGAAAAGAGCUGAGAGUUGGAGAGUCUUCCUUCUCGAAAGCCGUUGCAUUUGGAAUUCCUGGACAUUUGUAUCGACGGAUAAGAAGGGAGACUGACAACUAUAGAGUACAGAUAAGUUCCAUCAAGAGGACACCAAAUGACCAAAGCGAGACAGUGGCURUUAACUAUCGAGUACUGGAAGGUAGCGAGAUUGUACCGGCAUCAAAAGUGGUCGACAGAACCAAUAUGUUGACAAAAAAUGAACUGAUGUAUACCUUGGGAUUGCCGACCGAAGCACCAGCAAAGGAAAUGGUAGAACCUCGCUCGUCACCAUACUACCGCGGACCUCCCUCAAAACCCAAGGACUUUUACAAACCAUCACCAAAUGGACGACGAAGUUCCAGCACAAGUGAUGAAGAGCGUCACCCCCACCGACCUUUACCCGUCGUACCCCACGUUGAACCAGCUGUUGAAAUCGUUCAACCCAAAGAACGACACUUGAGAAGAGAGGAGAGUAAACACAAGAGCACUAAAAGCAAGAAGAAAGGAAAACACGCCAAGAGAUCGACAGAAAAUGAUAUAGAGAUGAAACCUCUGGCAGGAGUGAUAGAAAACGCACCACGUUUAGGUCAAAAUCUACUGACCAAAGAAGAACCAAGAGAGAAGAUCCCCGUGCGCUUUUCUGCCCUUCCUCCUCUCGUCCAAUCAUCACUUGUUGGGGGGAAACCGAAGCAAGCGUUCGAAGAGAAGGAAGAAAAAGUAGAGCCAGAGAAGACGCCUACAGAGGCGACUCUACCUCAGACGAAAGAAAAAGAUGAGAAGAGACCGCUGGAUACAUAAUCGCGUGGGCACAAGUACGUCCUUAGAAAGCAGUAGUGAAACCUCAAGUGAGGCUGACUCAGAAGUGAAGAGAAAAGAAGAAGAAGAAAAGUUGAGAAAAGAACAAGAAAAACUAAAGAAAAAGAAGAAACAGAAAAAGGUUAAAAGGGAUGCUCAUCAUGUUGGUGUCAGCGGUGUUGCACCAAAGGCAGUGGCGCAUGAUGCACUUCGAGAGUCUACCUGGGUAACUAAUGAGACGCCUGGAGUACAACUGGUGAAUGUAAGGCCACGUGAUCUGGAUGAAGAAUACCAGUCACGCCCGACAAACGCCGUGCCAUUGUUCACACCGCAGCCAAUCAAGCAACAGAUCAUUUACCCUCAGCCUACGCAGAGUCAGUACAUUCAGGAUCUACUGAACAGUGGAUAUCCCACGAUUCCCCCUUGGUCUGAGCCUGCAGACAUACAUUACCUGUCCAGUCCACGCGAGUCUGUUCUGAUUAAUGUGGACGAGGAGGAACGGGACCUAAAUGAAAAUCUUUACCAAUCUCUAGGUCCAGAUUUGCAUGUUCCGCAAAGUGAUUCAAUGGUAUUUGAAGAUGAAACGAGCCCGCGAUCAAACAUAUAUGAAGAGCCACUCUUCACUCCAGCCUCCCUCCCUCAGUCACAGAUUGUCAGACCCAUUCCGAUCACAACACAAAGAGUGUAUCCACGAGCUGCUUUUCCAAGCGAUAUUCUUAGGCAACAACCACAGGCUUCGACGCCAAUUGCCGUUCCAAGAGGAAGGCCUUCUUCAGCGAGGCCGACCCCUCAGGGGGGUAGAGGCACAAGACCAUCAUCCGCCCGUGCUACCCCCUCACCGUCGUAUAUUUACAGAGACUCUCGACAGUAUGCUCAAGACAGGCCCUCAAGAGAAGCACACCCUGUUGAGUACGUAUCCCCUCGCAACUACACGCGACCACCAUCGGCUGCCUCCACCCAGCCGAGCCAUGGAACACCAAGGUACAUGGGCACGCCACGAUCGAGUAGAGAUCAGARAGACCCCUAUCAAGAAGCCAGAACGAUGCUUGACACGGCACGGAAACAAGUCGAUCGGUUCGAGCGGGAAAAGCUCCGCGAUGAUCCAGAGGGUGUGUCUAAUGGUCAUCCCAAACCGCGUCCAGCUGGGAUUAAACUUUCACGUGUCUCUCAACCAAGAACACCUAAUAAGGAGGCGCAAGAUAAACUAGUUGCUAUGGAAAAGGCAGAGCUGGAAGCACAGAUGCUGGUGUCACGUGCUCUUGCACGUGCUCGUUCUAACGUCAAGUCGUGAUUGGUUGAGUUGAAGGUGAUGUUUUUUCUUGGUAUAUUCUAAGUCACGACAUCUAUCGUGAUGCACGUUACGUUAUAUAACACACUUUUUAGCGUGCGCGUGACAGGAGGCACUGCACAUUGUUGUCUUAACAUGUGUCCUACGUUCUGUUGGUGCGUUACUUAUUAAAAACUUUCUAACGUGACUGGGAAAUUUCAUUGGAAAUGCAAAGAGCCUUGCAACAAUGUAUAAUAGCAAAAAUCAUCAAUGCACUAAUUUUUUUAUUAUAAAUUGCGAAUUUCUUAAAUUGCUCCGGUUGAAAAAAAUGGUAAGAGAAAAGAAGAGGCUUUGCACCAUCACGUGAUAGCAGCCAUGAGAGGAGUCUUUUUCGUCUGGAAAACUGAAUUAUUUCUCGUGUAAACCACACUACACCAGAUUUCUCCUGUCUAGACUGCCAUCACGUGAUGGUGCAAAGCUUCUAUUGGCCCAGACGUUGUAUACAUGCAAUCAAUAUUGUAUUUACACUUGUAUAAACUGUAAAAGGCGUGUAUAUUUUUAUCAAACUGUUUCAAGAAAUAGCUAGUAUGAAGUAAAAAGGAUAUUUAAUUCAUCGAGGAAACGAGAUGAAAGGCAUAUAAGUGUAUUUGUAUAUUUUGGAGAAGUAUAGUAAUUUGUAGACAAUAUUAAUUGACCACCUAAAAGAUGAGCAAGAGACUGGGGCGAGUUUUCAAUUUUACUUUGAUAAACAAAAACAAUUGUUAUCUGAAGUUUAAAUUUGCCAGACUUACUAAUCUUGAGUUGCUUUCCCAGAGGACAAUUUUUUUUGCUAAUCCGUUUAAACAUUUAAAACUCACCCCAGUCCCUUACUCGGUUUCUUAAAGUAGCCAAUAGCUUUUCUUAAUGUGGCAAUAUAGAAAUAUUUGUACAUACACCUAUAACUUUUUUCAAUAAAAUUAUCUUUUGCUUGUGAUUAGAAAGGCUUAGAGAGGGACUAUACUUGGCACUCAUAUGUUGGGACAAAGCGACAUACUGUUCUUGCUCCCCCAAAAUGGCUGUCGCGAAUGCAAUAAGUUUUAGUUUUGACUUGAUAAACAAAGAUUGAUUUGUAGUUUUAUACAUCGAAUACACGAAUUGAAAACAACGCUGGUCGUACAUAUUUUGAUUAUUAUUAGGAUAUAUUUUGUCAUAAAUAUGUAAUGUCGAUAAUUAUUAACUAAUAUUAAAGAAUAAAGAUUAUUUUUCAGGACAUUUGCA